AUGGAGGGUGGUUACGGGGUGGUCUCGGCCGAACUCCCCGUUUCCGCAAGGAGGAGAAAGAAGUGGGCUUGGAAGUGGAAAGAAAGGAGGAAGAAGCGGAAGGGAAACAACAAGCGCUCGCAAUCAACGCUACAUGCAGCAGCGUCGAUGAGGCCAGCACCGGAUUGGUCCAGGUGGACUGCGUGCUCUGCAUCCAAGUGGCAGCCAACGGCCAAGCGUUUCCACUCGAACCCGCCAAACUGGGACGGCAGGCGGGUGAUCAAGAGCUUUUGUGCUGCUGCACAAUAA